AUGGCAGCCAGCUAUUUGUCUCGAUUGUUGUUCGGUCUCUUCUACCUGGUCGGAUUGGUGCAUUGCCUGACUCCAGCGCAAUGGAGAAGCCAAUCAAUUUAUCAGGUCCUUGCUGAUCGUUUUGCAAGGACUGAUGGUUCGACCACUGCUUCUUGCGAUGUCAACAAAUAUUGUGGCGGCACAUGGCAGGGUAUCAUCAAGAAGCUGGACUACAUUCAGCAGAUGGGCUUCACUGCGAUCUGGAUUAGUCCCGUCGUUAAGAACAUUCGUAGUUCAGGCGCCGAUGGAGACUCUUACCAUGGAUACUGGGCACAAGACAUCUAUCAAGUCAACACUAACUUUGGCUCUGCUGCCGACCUGGUGUCGCUCUCCAAGGCUCUUCAUGAUCGUGGCAUGUAUCUGAUGGUUGACAUUGUCACAAAUCACAUGGCAUACAAUGGUUGCGGUACCUGUGUCGACUACUCCCAAUACAAUCCCUUCAACAAACAGUCAUACUACCAUCCAUUUUGUCUCAUUGACUACAACGACCAGAACAGUGUCGAAACGUGCUGGGCUGGUGACAACACCGUGUCUCUGCCAGAUUUGAGGACCGAAGAUUCCAACGUACGUGCUAUCUGGAAUUCAUGGAUAACACAGCUCGUGUCAAACUACACUAUCGAUGGUCUUCGAAUUGACUCUGCCAAGUCUGUCGAGAAGUCUUUCUAUCCUGGGUUCGAACAGGCUGCCGGAGUAUACCAGGUUGGGGAAAUCUUCGAUGGUGACCCGACGUACUUCUGUGAUUACCAGAACUACAUGGACGGCAUGCUCAACUUCCCAUCAUACUACUGGAUUACACAAGCCUUCCAGUCCACAUCUGGCAGCAUCAGCAACCUCUAUAACGGCAUCAACACCUUGAAGUCGACGUGCAAAGAUACUACGUUGCUCGGGUCAUUCAUAGAGAACCAUGACCUCGCACGCUUCCCUUCAUUGACUUCCGACUACGCACUUGCAAAGAACGCCAUAGCAUUCACGAUGCUAGCAGAUGGCGUCCCGAUCAUCUACCAAGGCCAAGAACAGCAUUUCUCUGGCGGCAGUGUGCCCAACAACAGAGAAGCGCUCUGGCUGUCCGGAUACCCAACGUCUUCGCAGUUGUACCCCUUCAUAGCUACCAUCAACAAGAUAAGGAAGCAGGCGAUCAAGCAAGAUACGGGUUACGUCACAUACAAGGCCUACCCAGUGUAUUCCGAUGCCUCGACCAUCGUUAUGAGGAAGGGCACCACAGGAUCCCAAGUCAUUGGUAUCUUCACCAACAAAGGUUCUUCUGGAAGCAGUUCGUUCACGCUUUCAUCAUCAGCGAGUGGCUUCACGGCUGGCCAAUCCGUCACCGAUAUUCUGUCCUGCACUUCCUACACUAUAGACUCUAGUGGUAACAUCGCUAUCAGCAUCAAUGCGGGUGCACCGCGAGUCUUGUACCCUACUACAAAACUCACUGGUAGUGGUCUUUGUAGUGGUUCGAGCUCUACAUCUGCCUCGCCAACGACUAUCAAGACGUCGACGGUCGCCGGUGGCUGCAGCACACCCACAGCUGUCGCUGUAACCUUUACCGAUAAAGUGACUACUCAAUAUGGUCAAACGAUCAAACUCGCAGGCUCAAUCUCGCAACUCGGAUCUUGGAAUACAGCAAACGCUGUCACCUUGUCUUCGGCAGGAUACACCUCCAGCAAUCCAGUGUGGUCUGGAACUGUCAAUCUUCCCGCGGGUCAAGCUUUCAGCUACAAGUUUAUCAAGGUGAACUCGGAUGGAAGCGUGACUUAUGAGAAUGAUCCGAAUCAUACUUAUACCGUCCCUGCAAGCUGUGGUGUUACGACUGCGUCAGUCAGCAAUACCUGGCAAGGCUGA